AUGAUUGCUACGUCCCUCGUCUGGGACAUCACCGACAUCUUUGCUUCGGACCAGACCGAGACUGGUCUGACGACCACUGGCCGCCAUGCUCAUUUCACUUGCAUUGCCACACCACCCUUCCCGCUGGGAUACGUCCCUCGGAUGAGACCCGUCGUCUGGUGUGGAUCUAUCUUGCGCAACCAGUGCAUUGAGGAUGUCUAA